CCUGCUGGAUAAGGUGAGGCAAAGCAGGGGGCCAUUUCCAUUCAGCAGUUCUUGCAGACAUCUCAUGACCCAAACUAUAACUGUAACAUCAGCAGUGCCAGAAGAGAAUGGGGCUUGUGGAGUGGAGGAGAAGAAAAGAAGAGGAGGAGGACGGUGGUUGUGGGUUCCUUGGUCCUCUCUGAGCUUUGUGGCUUUCUUGUAGAUGUCUCAUGACCCAAACUAGGUAACAUCAUUAGUUCACUUAUUAUCCCACUUAGGGUCCUGAAAUGUUUGCAAGAAAACCACCAUCCUCAGAGAUACCCCCCCCCCCAAGGAUCCUUCAUUUUAACUCUGAGCCAGAAAUAUUCUCCUUGAUUGGCAUUCCGGACCAUCUCAGGGCAGAAGAACCUACCUGGCAGGACCUCAUUCCUCUUUCCCAUGGGGCACAUCCCAAUGCCCCCAUCCUUCCACCACCAUUUCCUGGAUCCUAAAGGCCAAUGAAGUUUCUCUCAACCACCAGCACUGGCACUCCCAGUUCCUCUGAGUUGCUCCACUACCUCCAGCUUUGCCUACCUCUCGGAGCUUCACCUGGACGUGGCACCACCAUUCCCAUUCGUGGAUUGGGAUGAUCCUCCAAAGGCUGACCACAUCCUCCCUCCCAGUGGCUCCCCUGACCUUUCAUCACCGCAGCUCCACACAAUCUCUCACAACCCUGAAAUAACCUUGCAGCAGCAAAUUCUCCUCUUUUUUUCUCGCUCACCCCGGCUGCCCCUCACAAAUACCUCACCCUUCGCCUGCUCCCCUCAGACCCAUAACCGGCCCCCCACUCCAGAAGCCCCACUCCAACUGCUGGUGGGGCUGGGUCCCUCGGUGAUGGUGGGGAUGAUGUUGAGGGGAGGCACUAGUUUCCUUUUGGCUGGCAUGGCAGCAGCGGCAGCAGUGGCGGAGGCUGGGGCUCACGUUCCAUAGUGCCUAGUGAAGGACCUGCCUCAGAAGCAGCAGCAGCAGUGGCAUCGUCAUCACCAGGCUUGACUGCCCUAAGCGAAGCUGAGGUUGCAAGUAGGCCUAAUCCUGUCAGCCUGGCCCUGAGGUAAAAAGAUGAAUAGGCGAGAGGAGAAGAGAAAGGGGCACGAGCACGCCCUUGGGCGCGCGAGGGAGAAACUGGGAAAAAAACAUCUUCUCCCACCAACUCGCCAUCCCGCCAUUGGCUGGAGCUCUCGCCAUCAUCCACCUACACUCUUCACCUGAUUGGAUGGCUUGCCCAGGAGGUUGAGGCAGGUCAGAUAAAAAGACAAAUCGGGCCGUAAUUUGAGGGCCCCUGAGCUACAGCUUUGGUGGCUCUGUAGGUGUACAGAGCCACCAAAGUAGCAGGUGGAGCACCGGAGGCUUGGGGAGGGAGGGUGCUGAAGUGGGUGGUUGGGCCAUUGGCAAGAGCAACGUGGCUCAGCGGAAAGCAGCCUCGGAACAAGUGGGCAGGUAAGGAAAUAAAUCCUCGCUUCUCCCAGAAAUUGCCUUUCUUUCCUUACCUGACUUCCAGCCCCGUGCUGUUUCUCCUUCGCCGUUUCUCCUUUCUAUCUUAUCAAGUGUAUAUUAAAGCUUUAGUUUUGUUAGAGCUGUCUUAGAUUUGGAUGCUGCUAUUACCUCGUAUAAAAAAAAAAUGCAGUAGUUUAAAUUUUUCCAAAGUAGAAGAUUUUACAAUAGUUCUCUUUUUAAUACCAGUGUUCAAAAGGUUCGCCCUUCCAUGAUUUUGUAAGUGUCCCUGCUCAUGUUUUUUUUUUUUAAAUCCAUUCCAUUAUUAACUGGAAGAUUCUCAGAGACCACCUGGACAAGUCCCUGCAGUUUUCUUGGCAAGGUUUUUCAGAAAUGGUUUGCCAUCGCCUUCUUCCAUCUCAUGAGGUUAUUUCAUGAUCCGUUCCUACCGCAUCUUAAUCUAUAGGGUAUUGAAUUAACCCAAUUGCCUGGUUUUACACAAUACACUAUUGAAGCGGCCAGAAUGAAUGGAUUUUACAAUAAACAGAGCCAUAUAUUUAGUCUAGUGUAUUUUAUGAGCAAUAUUUGUGUGAUUAAUAUGUAGUUCAGUAUGUGUACUAGCCCAGACAUAGAGCUGAUUAAACCAUAAUUCAGAUAACUGAAUGAGCGGAAUCAGUCUCUUAGCAGAUGUAACAAUCAUAUGAAGGUAGAUCAGGAAAAUUUCAAAAAGAUUCCAAGGAUUAGCAAAGGAGUUGAAGCAGGAGUUAGAGUCUGGUUUUGAAAAAAGAUAUGACAGGGAACCAUAGGGGAACGGAAUCACCAUAAAGAUAUAGUGGCAACACUAAUUUCUUUUCCUCUUUGUAUGAGAAUCCUGCAUUGUUAGUUAGGGUUUUGUUUUGUUUUGUUUUUGCAUUUUGUAAGGUGAUUUCUACCCCUGGAUGUUGCACUACUGUAUUGUUCUUUGGUUUCCAAAAUUUAGAUGGAUCUUUUGAAAAUCAUUAGCUCUUAAUGCCAGUCUCUUACUCUGAAGAAUGGCCUUGUUGCUGCUCUAUAUCCAGCAGGAGGAAUAUUGACAAAAGGAAUAUAGAACAGGGUGAUUCCUUAGAUGCCUAUUGAUGUUGUUUCCAGACAGGUUUAAUUAUACUUAAUUCUGUGUGUUGCUAGAGAAGAGAGUCUGAACUGUUCAAGGAACAGAACUUUCUCAAAGAAUGAGAACUGCCUUAUGGUGCCAGGAUGAGCACUGUGAAAUUGUGUGGGAUCUCUGUGGAUUAUGUCAGUGAUAUUUGGGGCAGGCCUAGGGUUUCUUUAGGAGCUAGAGGUCAAGGAAUUAUUUACUAAUUUGACAGUAUUUUCUAUCACUGAGGACUCUGUUGGUUAGAUAAGGGUUGGAUUAAUCACGCUAUCCAUACAGAAUUUUUCCAUUUGGAAAUCUUAUCUCAGUAUCCAUCUAUAUCUGUUGUUCACAAGUUUUUUCAGCAUCAUUUUUGGUCCUCUAAAGACUGCAGAGUAUUUAUGACCAAGAGUCAAAAUAACUAGGGCACUUUUAUCUAUUUGGAGGGAGAAUCAAGGAACAAAUAUAACAUCAGGAUAUUUUCUUUCUGCAAAAGUUGGAUCAUUCCACAAACUGGAUAUAAUUAACGAAAAGGACUUUGAGUUUUGCAAAUUCUCUAAUCUCUAAUAUAGAUCCAAAAGUAGCAUGCUGUGAUGGGACUCUUGUGAGUUUAGUUUGCCUGCCAUGCACCCCACAGGGAGUGUAGAUACCAGUUUUUCCCGUACGGCUGUGCAAACACUGUCCCGUAGCCACUGCCGGAAUAUAAAGCAAAAGAUUUCUCAGUGGGAGGGUCGGACAAAGGGGAUCUGCCAAGAAGAAAGGCAGAAACUGAAGGAUUUUGGGGUCAAAUAUGGCCUUGACAGCAAGGAAAAGCCAUCAGCACCUGCACCUCACAAGAGUAUAGAAGGAUUAGUAAAUGUUCAGCAUUUAGGUUUAGAUUUCUGGGAAAACUCUAAUCUCGGCUCUGUGACUGAGGAGGAAGAGGAGGAGGAGGAACACCGCUUCCAAGAGAUUUCCAGAAACCAUUUAGUGGAGCAGCUUUCUAGUGACACUUUAUCUGAAACAGCAGAUGCUACAGAAUGGCCACGGGAGAGGCUGCCUCCUGGGAAUUUCUACACCUCCCGGGACCUAUGGAAACAGAUAAAAACCCUUCCUUUUGAUCAAGAAGCUUCUGUUGCAUUGGACUUAAAAAGAAAACGGGAAAGCUGUGGCUCAACAGAGAAGGAGCUGAACGUAGCUCCAGCAAAGAACCAGGAGACAAUAUAUUGUGAUGUGGAAAGUCAGGAAAGGCAGCCAGCCAUCAACCCAGUGCCCAAGCCACAGAGGACUUUCCGUUACCAUUCUGAGAAGGACCAGGGAAACUUCGCUAACGAAUACCACAGCAAUAAGAAGCCAUUGGAACAGCUGUGUAAUGGGAGCUAUCCUGCAACUGCUUCCUAUGAGUCUGACCACAGAACAGGCAGCAGAGGAAUCCGAGGCAGGUCUAAGAGAAAGUCCUUUGAGUUUGAGGACAUCCAAAGUUAUCGAAACAGACUAGCAGCCAUCGAGUAUCAAAAGCUUCAUGAAGAGCUAAAUGGCACCACACGUGUCUGUCUCUAUUGCACGCAGUCAGAGGACAACCUCUAUGAGGAUAUUAUUGAUCCUGCUAAAGAGAAUCCCUAUGAGGACAUUAAAGUGAAGCCUUUGUGGAGGAUCCCAUCUAAUUGGAAGCUGCCUCCUCCCCGAAAUACCUUCAAGCCACCCAAGCUUCUCCACAAGCCACACUUCUUUCACCGUAAAACCUUGGAGCUAAAGAACACACGGAUCUGUUUGCGUGGGAAGUUGUCGAAAGAUUCAACACUACCUGUUACGUUGACUGAAUGGAAGUUCUUCAAAGCAGGAGAGGCUGGAAGCAAGAAUAGAAAAAAUCUUCCCCGGCUUGUAUUAAAGAUACAGGAGAUCUUUGAUUCCAGACGAGGAAAGAAACGUGUGAAGUUGGUGGUGCAAACUGGAAAAGAGCUUUCUCCAGCCAAAGGUGAAACCAGUGGAUAUGACAGUGAAUCAGAGAAUCUGCCGAAAAGUCGCCAUAAGCGCCUUCUACAGGUCCAGGCUCAGUCCAAACGGAACCCACACUAUCAGACAUUGGAGCGAGAUCUCAUUGAAUUCCAGGAGCAGCAGCUUUUUGAGCUGUUUGUGGUGGUAUCUCUGCAGAAGAAGUCAUCAGAGGCAACUUAUACCCCACAGGUUAUACAACAGUUUCCAUGUAAGUCUGACCAUCCUUUUCGUCAAUCUAAAGACACUGAAGACCGACUAAAGGUUAUUCCCAAAUUUUGUUUCCCUGAUCCCAAAGACUGGUAUCCAACUUCAGAGACAAAGAGUGAAACCUUUUCCUUUGUGCUAACUGGUGAGGACGGCAGCCGCUGGUUUGGAUAUUGCAAGAGGCUCUUGCCAGAAGGGAAAGGAAAGCGGCUACCUGAAGUCUACUGUAUGGUUAGCCGCCUAGGCUGUUUCAAUCUUUUUUCUAAGAUAUUAGAUGAAGUGGAAAAGAGGCGUGAGAUGUCCCCUGCCCUAGUUCACCCAUUCAUGCGCAGUGUUAUGGAAGCACCAUUCCCUGCUCCUGGGCGUACCAUCACUGUGAAGAGCUUCCUGCCCGGAGCUGGCAACGAGGUGAUUGAGCUUUGCCGUCCACUGGAUUCCCGAUUAGAACAUGUAGAUUUUGAAUGUCUCUUAAAGUGCCUCAAUAUCUCUCAUUUGAUCCAAGUUUGUGCUUCUCUUCUGCUAGAAAGAAGGGUGAUCUUUGUUGCUGACAAUCUAAGCACCUUGUCCAAAUGUGGCCAUGCUGUGGUUGCAACCCUCUACCCAUUUACCUGGCAACACACUUACAUCCCUGUCCUGCCAGCCUCCAUGAUAGAUAUUGUUUGUUCGCCUACUCCUUUUCUUAUUGGCAUCCUCUCCUGCUCCUUAACACAUCUCCAGGACCUGCCUAUAGAAGAGGUACUGAUCGUUGAUCUCUGUGCUGAUAAGUUUCUGCAAAAGGUUUCAGAUGAGGAUGAAAUUCUGCCUCACAAGCUUCAGGCUGCACUUGUACAAAUCUUAGAAGAAAGGAAUGAAAUCUUGUUUCAGGAACGCUGCUACACACAAGGUGAUGUGACAUUGGACUCUCUAGUAUCAGAGGUUUUUGUGCGCUUUUUUGUGGAAAUUGUGGGACACUAUUCUUUGCACAUGCAUGUCACUGAGAAAGGAGAGAGAGUAUUCCAGCGAGAGCCCUUCCGGAAGUCCCAUACAUCCCGUAGUGUGCGCCAUUUCCUAGAUAUCUUCAUGGAGACACAGAUGUUUGCUGGUUUCAUCCAGGACCGAGAGCUGCGGAAGAGUGGGGUAAAAGGCUUGUUUGAGGUUCGUGCCUUGGAAUACUUGGAGACCAUUCCAGAGACUGAGCCAAGUGGAAUGAACAAAAUCCUUCGCAGUCUGGGUAAUAAAAUGAAGUUUCUACAAAAGAAGUGAGAAGCCAAAUGCAGAAUCGCUAAGCUUUAUUUUACGAUACUGGCAAGCCAUAAUGAUGUGGCUGUGUCGCUGUGGUAUUCUAUUAGAUUCUUCAGGUCCCACUUAAAGAACUUCAGAUGACCGGAAAAAUGAGCACCAAAUAUGAACAGCAUCCUCAAUCUCAGUUCUGCUUGGUCUGCUUGGAGUAUUACUGAGCAAAAAAUGAACUUCUGUUUACAGAGAUGAUCUAUAAAGCACAAAUAACAGGAGAAACGAUAUCCUUAUUUAUACUGCAUGGCUGGAAAAUAUUUUUGUGUUAUUAAAAAUAUGCUCAAAGCAAUCUCAAGGCUUCAGCUCAAAGCAAUCCCAAGGAUUCAGCUGGUACCUUUUAAAAAGAGGAAGAAACCAAGAAAGAGCCAGGAAUCCAGCAAAGUGGCUAUGCCAAUAUUUCCUUGAAUAGAUUCUUUGCACAAGAAAGCCUUUCUUAAGGCUGGUUGGAGGUUAUAAUCUCUCAUUGACUAUAUCACAAUAGCAUCAGAUAUUCCAUUGGCUUGAUCAUUCAUGGUUAACUAUUGUUUGGACAUAUUACUGCAGUGUAAAGCUUUUCUCACUUUUGAAAGCAAAACAAGAAAUCUGUUUGCUAUGUUAGUCUUAAUUGUUGUGAAUGUACACACUGUCUAAUUACAAGUCCAUCUCAUAUAUGACAGAGGAUAUACCUCAUGCUAAGCUAUUGUUUACUUGUCAGGAGAAGACUGUUUGUUCCCAAAUGGAGUAUGAAUAUUUUUCAAAGUCAAGAUGUUGACAUUGAAAUAGGCUAAUUUGCUGCAGAAUUGAUGUAAAGAGACAGAUGAUAACUUUCAUGCAGUAUAUUUUGCAGUAAAAACUGGAAUAACAAAUUAUUCUUCCUUUGAAGCAUCAUUCUGCUCUUUUCCCACAGCUGAAUAUCAUCAACAAUAUGCUUCCUCAUCUAAUGUUAAGUCUGUCAACUGCUUUCAAUAAAUACUGAAUUUUCUUAUUAGCCACUCCUGUAAAUGCCUAGCAUUUGAUAUAAUCUGCUUAAGAUUUAUUACCUAAAUAUUGGAUUCACUUAACACAUUAAUCAAAUAUGACAGAAAGUAUAGGUUCACACAUUGACCUAAGCCAAAAUGCAGUUCGUAUUCUGUGAAUCCUGUUACUGUGGUUUUUAGACCAUGGUUAUUGGCUUGUUGUAAUGAAUAUACUCAGCCAAAUAUUAUUUAUGUAAUAAUGGUUAAAUCAUGGUUUUCUAUGAUACAGACUUAUAGCAAUCUCAUGAUUAGUUACAUUCUUCUCUGCAGAUCUCUUGUAUAGUAUAUAGCUAAUGGCUCUUGUCCAGUAAAAUGUUGUCACAUGUUUACAAUAGUGAAAGGUUUUAGACUAUUAAGUUAUGUUGCCUGAGAGUGAGCAAAAAUGUCCUAAGUAAAAGGGGAUUUUUCUUUGAAGUGCAGAAUGCUGAAGUACUGGGCUGUUUCUCUGUUGUGUGGUUAAACUGACCUUUGGAUGAAACAAGUUUGUGGCUUUCCUCUAUCCCAAAAAAUGCUGCUUUUAAUGGGGAACAUUUUCCGAGUCUUUAUUCCCUUGCAGCAUGUAAGGUAGAUCUGUCCAAGAAGAAUGGAGCUCAGUAGAUAUAUAGGAAGAUAAUAUCAAAAAACUGGUGAAAUUUUAUCAUGACUUUAACAGAGUAUGAACAAUGUCCAUCUUUGAAACAGAAAGAAUAGGCAGACAUUUGACCCUGUUGAUUCUCCAUGUGGAGUCAGAUACUUUAUCAAGGGCCUAGGAAAUGUCCUUUUUAUUUUUAUUUGGCCAAAGUCAACAGCCCACCCAAUGUAAGUAAUUUCAGAACAAUGCUUUUUGGAAUCUGGUGAGAUUUACUUGCAGUUUGGUACUCACGUGGUUCAGACUGAGAGCUUUUCUGCAGCCUUCACCUGCUUGUCUCCCAAAAUAAACAGCCUGAAAAUGAAGCCGUUUAAGAAAUCUGUUUCUGGAUUUCAAUCGAUUUCUUUAUUUUGGUCUUAGUAAUGGUUCAGAUAUUCUACUUGGACUGUGAUUAACAUGGCCUAUGAUAAUUCCUCUUCUGCUUUUACUUUCCACUUAUGCCGUGAAAGUGGGUGCUAGUUACAUUCCAUUCUGUUAUGAGGACUGAGAGAAAAAAAGCAAAAAGAUUGCAGUUCUUCGUAUCACUUGAUGUAAAAAGGAAAACUUGGCAGAACUCUUGUCAGUUUCACCUAGUUAAAACAAAAGAAAACCAAGAAGUAUCAAGCAUUUCGCCCUCCUAUGGCUGAGCAUGCAUUGCCACAAUUCCUGUCUCUUGGGCUAGAAGGGAAAACUGCUGAAUAUGUUGAAGUAGAAAAAGAGAAAUGACUGGCAUUUACUAUUGUACUACUGGGAUGCUGUAUAAAAGAUCAAGCUCCAUCCUGUCAUGGCAUGCACGCCUAUAUAAAAUGGCAUCUGAGACACUACAAGAGUGGAGAGGGGGACAUAUUUGCCACAGCAACUGGAACAGAAAUUUGUUUAGGAUGGAAUAAAGUGCAAUUGGUGGACCAGACUGUCCUGCUUGUACCAGAGGAAAGCGUGAAAUACCAUUUUUAAAUCAGAAGGUGGUUCCCUUCCCAGAAGCCUAAAGUGAACUGAGGAUGAUGCUUUCCAUUCCUCUACAGAAACACACAAACAAUUAUACGCAGCCCAUCUUUGUACUGGGCAGGGAAGAAAUGUGGAUCAGUCCCUGGAUGGAAUCAGCCUUUCUCCUCCACAGCAUCCUUUACAUAUGUUAGGAUUCUUCUCCCAGAAUUCAGUCACCUCGAUCAAUUAUGCAGUCCGUUUAUAUGGAAAGCAACAGUUAGGGAAAAUUAUACUGGAGAAUAUCAGGAGCACAAUAUACAUAUAAGAGUGACACAAGCAAGUCCCUAGCACAAAGAAAAGAAUCUGAUUUAGUUGCUUUGCAGUUUCAGAAUCUGGCUUCAGAAUAUGCAGAACCCUCCCUAUUUCUUGAAUAGCAGCAGUUAAGAAUUGCUUUUUGGAAUAUACUUCAGCACUAAAACUAUGCUCUUACAGUAUUCAGAAGAAUAGGAAGAAAACUUUGAGACAUGCCCACUUCUGAGAAAUAAUUUGGUUAAUCUAGCCCCAGACAUAUUCUUUGAGACUCUGGGUACUUCUUAGCAGUCAUCCUUCUUCCUUGUCACAUAUGUGUGGCUGUUUGUUUUGCUCAUUCUUUAUAAAGCCUUAAUUUAUGUUGUAUAGAAGAAAUCAAAACUGUAUGUACAAAGAUCAAGCUAUAAGAAAUCAAAAUCUUUUGGGAAUAAAGUGUACUAUUUUU